AUGAGGGUCCCUGAUGACCGCAUUCAUAUGGUUGUGUGCUGCCUGGCGCUGACCCCCUCGCUGCACAUCUGUGUGCUUAAGGGCAGGUAUUCCGUCAGGAACGUCACCAGGGAGGACAGCUCCACAGCUGCUGUGAGUUUCCAUGAGGCUUUCAAGUGGCUGAGACCCUUCUACUCUGAGAGCCGCAGUUUUUUGGAGAUCCAGUAUGUGAAAGAGGCGCUGCUCUGUGGCCAGGAGCAUGAGGUGCAGGUGGAAUACAUCCUUGACCGGAGCAAGCUGGGCCCUGGGGCCAACCACGUGGAUUUCUAUUUCUUUGUCAUAUCAAGAGGUAGGAUUGUCUUCAAUGGACAGAAGCAGGUGCCAGUUGGGCAGGAUGAAACACUGAAGGGAUGCUUCUCCUUGACCCUGCCCAUCAGUAUUGACUUGGCACCCUCCUCCAACCUUCUUGUUUAUGCCAUAUUUGAAGAUGGAGAGGUGGCGGCAGACAUGGAAACUUUCACAAUUCAGAAGUGCUUCAGAAAUAAGGUGUCACUGGCCUUCUCCCAAGAGGAGGAACUCCUAGGCUCAAAAGUUGGUUUGCACCUGCAGGCCACUCCAGGCUCCCUGUGCUCUGUCCAGGCUGUGGACAAGAGUGUUCUCCUGAAGGAAGGCAGCCUCCUGACAGCAGAUGCUAUGUAUGAGCAGUCCCACCCCCUGAGGUACUUGAUUGAAGGGCGAGGAUUCCCUUAUCACCUGGAGGACUUCGAGCUGUACCCCUGCCUACCUCCUGUCACUCCUCAUCCCCCUACCCUUUGGAACAGACACCCCACAAUGGGGGCCCCCUGGUAUCGUGAAGCAGAUGUGUAUAGUCUCUUUAAGCAAUUGCAAAUGAAACUCACCAACACCAAAGUCAAGAAACCCGUAUCCUGUGCAAAACCAACCUUCACAAGAAGAAUACACAUGGAUGAAGGGCGUCAUUAUAUCAAUGCUGUCCUGCCCAGUCCUCAAUCAGUAGCAUCAGGCCACAAGCAGGAAGAGAAGACAAAGCCACGGAAACACUUCCCAGAGACCUGGAUUUGGGAUCUGGUCCCCAUUGGUGAAGAGGGGGAAACCUUUCUUGAAGUCAUCAUCCCAGACAGCAUUACAGAGUGGAGAGCCAGCUCAUUCUGCCUUGCGGAUGUUGGCUUUGGACCUAGGCAGUGUGAAUCUCACGGUGAGCACCCAGGCAGAGAGCGCACACGAGCUGUGUGGCAACAAGAUUGCUGUGACACCUGUGCGAGGAGAUACAGACACCGUGAUCAAAUCACUGCUUGUCAAGGUCCGUCUGGGCUCUGAGGGCAACAGGAGG